GUGGCUUCAAUCAGGCUCCAUUCAGUUGUUUGUGAACAGACAAACAGCAUCAGCUCUCUGCAAAACAUCAAAACUUGGAUUUUUGUCUGAAAAUUUGCAAUGGGCUUCAGAGAGGUGGUUUUGUGGGUGUUUGUGCUUCUCCUGUCUCGAGCUGCCACUCAAAACUUCACUAACUUGAGCGCAAAUGAGACUUUAAGCCCACAAGAACAGGAGACAGCAAGCUUCCAGCUGCCCAGAUCUCUGCAGACAAAAGACCAUCAGUCAAACUGGUCUAAGCACAGGGGUCCGGUUCACACUCCUGUCAGCUACCGGCUCAAGGUCUAUGAGAUCUCCAACCCCGCUGUGAGAAAACACAAACCAGUCCAGGAUUUUGCACAACGGAGACUUCAAGACCCGCAGAGAUCGAAGGCUAGAGAGCUGACCUCGGAGCAGCUGGAGCUGAGGGAAAACGUCCAAGUUCAGGAGUUUGUGGCCCUGAUCCAAGGCCCCGAUCUAAACCCGCCUGUCAGGAGGGAAACAAAGGUGCAGGUGAAGUUUGAAAAGCAGGUUCCUGUUCCAGCUGGCAGUGUGGCGGUGCAAUGUGACGAAGAAAAGGUCACCGUAGAGGUCAAACAGAACUUUCUAGGUAACAGUCAGCUGAUCCGUGCCAGUGAUCUGACUUUAGGAGGCUGUGCUGCAGUGAAUGCAGCUGACCACAUCCUACGGUUUCAGACCGAGCUCCACGGCUGUGGGAGCAAGCUGAGGAUGACUGAAGACGCUCUAAUCUACUCCUUUCAUCUGCUAUACGCUCCAAAACCCAUUGGCAGUAGCUUCAUUUUAAGGACCAAUCAUGCAGAGGUGGCGGUCCAAUGCCACUACAGAAGGAAACACCAUGUGAGCAGCACCGCCCUGAGGCCUACCUGGACAACUUUCGCCUCCAGACUGAUGGCUGAGCAGCAGCUCCACUUCUCCCUGCGUCUCAUGACAGAGGACUGGCAGGCGCAGAGGUCCUCUGCUGUUUACUUCCUCAGUGACGUGAUGCACAUCGAGGCGGCCGUCCUGCAGGGUCACCACAGGCCGCUGAGGGUCUAUGUGGACAGCUGCGUCGCCACCGUGAUGCCUGACCCUGAAUCUCAGCCUGGAUACACCUUCAUCAGCAACCACGGGUGUUUAAAUGAUGCUAAGCUGACAGGAGCCAAGUCUUACUUCAUGCAGCGGAGUCAGGAGGAUAAACUUCACUUCCAGCUGCAAGCUUUCAGCUUCCACCAUGAUCACAGGAAUUCAUUCUACAUCACAUGUCGUCUGAAAGCCACAACCAUCUCCAUUCCUGUCAACUCGCAGCACAAAGCAUGCUCCUUCCUGUCUGAAGCUAAAAGAUGGGUGGCAUCAGGUGGAGACAACAAGGUGUGUGACUGCUGUGAGAGCAGCUGUAGCCGGCAGAGACGGAGGAGAAGUCCCACAGUAGCUGCUGGGCUUGAUUCAGAGCUGGAGUGGGAGGGGGUGGCUGCUCUGGGCCCCAUCAUUCUGGAGGAGAACAUCCUGCAGGUGGAGGUGCUCGAGACGCUUCCAGGGACGGCUCCUCUGCUGCAGAGACAGGAAGUGACUCCAGAGGACUCGUCUUCAUUCCUGGCCCUGCUGUGUGGAGUGAGUGCAGCGCUGGCUGUGGUGUUGUUGACAUUCAUGGGUGCUGUCAUCUGCAGCAGGCUUCGCAAACCCGAUGGGUAUGAUGUUUGCACCUGAUAGCAGACAAUAAAACAUUACAAGCAUA